AUGACAAUCCUUGCCACUUCCAGACUGCACAUCGAAGGCGACUUUCACGGAUAUGGAUCUCUUGACAAAAGUCCUCCCGGAGCACUUGAGACGCUGAAUCGAUUGAUCCAGAAUAAUCACGAUGAGUUCGACAUGUUCUGGAGGCCAGACGCUGGCCACAACCAUACUGCACACUCCCUGCUGAGCGUGUACGCACUUGGCGGUAGCUCCGCUGACCUAGAACGAGCAUAUCGGGACGAUGACCCGCACCAAGUACCGAUUGGCGCAGUGGACCACUCUGUUGUCGCAUCUCUCAAAGACCCUCGGAUAUUCAUACACCGUAUGCAACGGCUAGAUCAAUACUCUAAUUAUUUGCGCUUCUUUGAAGAGAGAAUCGAAGCCAGAGGCUGGAAGGCUGUAGUCGUGGAAUAUCUCUUCAGUCGCUCUGACGUGGCGGAAGCAAUGCUGGGUCAGCUAUUCGAAGGCGCUUAUCAUCCACUCAUUCAAUUGGGGUUCGGAAUCGAAUUCGAGUUACCUGGACUUGUGGCCGAAGGGCUCGCCCACUGUGCCGCACACGAUGCCGCGAACAUUAUUCCGUUCUUCCAGAAGGCAGAGAAACUGGCAAAAUCAGGAUCAGUCGCACCCGCGCCGCUUGUUGAGCUCUAUAAGGAGGUGCGCGAUACCGAAAAAAUUCGACUGGCAGCAAAGAUGACGCAAGGACCUGUCCGUGUUCGUGACGGUGUGAUGGGCGAAGCGCAAGACGACAUCGCGGCAGUAGCAGCCAAGUUCCAAGUUGGCCCUGAUGGACUGAAACAAGCAAUCAUUGAGACGACGAGUUGCGCAGCCUACAGCUGUGGUGGUGCUCAGAGGCCUGGAAAGGUCGCCAAGGUGGACUUCUUCUUCAUGCAUAUGGUGACGAGCUCCAUCUUUUUGAGUAUUCUUGCGCGACAAGACUGGCUUGAGACGGAAGAUAAGAUCAGACUUGUGGAAUGGAAAGGCCGCCUAGACUUGGUGUGGUAUGCCGCAAGUUCAGCUCCAGCGUUGGACAGGAAGUGGCUUGAACAGUACCAGCCUACUUUGAGCGCGGGCAUGGACUGGCGAGCUCUGUAUCGUGCAGUCACCGUAGAGCCUGAUGACGGCCAUCUGGCCAAGAUUGUCCGGUCCUUGAAAUGGGCUGAGGAGGAGGCAAAGGGCGUGGAGACCUCAGAAACGAUCCCUGUUGCGGGAUCUGGAUGGUUCAAAUUGGCACAGAUGGCUUACGACUCGACCGCCCAUCUUCCGAUUCCCGCCAAAUGGAUCAUGGGCGCUGGUUACGAUUUCUUGUGGACGCGAGUCGACUCAUUGCCAGCAUAUUAGCUAAGGGCAGAUGGAAUUUGUGAGAAAUGGGUUUCCAAGAUGAAGUUUGAUGAACAUGACGAAGC